AUGAACGUUGCAUCGUUGUUGCAAGACUCCCCGUCUGACCGACGACCCAGCAAACAGGAGCCGCGCCCAUGGCCACAGUCACAAGCGCCGCAACCUCCGCCGCCGCAAAAACAAUCAUGGCCCCAACAACCCCCACCAAACUACCCCCAGCCUCAAUAUCGUGAGCCUUACCCUCGACCCCCACAAAAUCCGAUAAACAGCCCGACUUAUCUUUCACGACCACCAUCUCACCUUUACCCUUCGCCGCCACCCGGCUCAGCUGGCCCAUCGACAGGACCACCGACUUAUUCUGAACCUUCACCGAUGUACGCUCCAAUGGCAGGUUUACACCAACCUCCAUCACUUUCGCGCGACCUACGAGAGAGAGAACGUGAUAGAGAACGUGACAGGGAGAGAGAUCGGGAGCGUGAGCGCAGGGAACAUCGAGACAGAGAGCGAGAGAGAGAGAGGGACAGAGAAUACGCACCACACCCAGCACUUGGUUGGCAACAACAACAACAACAACAAUCCGGGCCCCGUACUUUCCAAGGCCAAUUCCAUACGUCUUUCGUUCCGGCACGUGAGGCAUCUCCGCCACGCAAACAAAAGCCACGCCAUGACCGUGAAGUCUGGGGAGUUCCUGGACCCGCACCUCCGUCAGAAGGCUCGGAAUGGGAAGCACCACCACUAAAUAAUGUCACGGUCACAGCAGCCGUUCCGAUUCAUCCACCAGAAACCCCGGAACGCGUUUUCAAAGCGCGUCGGAUAAUCUCAAUCGGUUCAUUUGUCUUUCCUAGAACACCGUUCCCCUAUUCCUUCCCAGUCGAAGAGGUCAAAUCACCUGAUGGUGAUAAAUUUCCGGAAACCACCGAUCCGGAGACAAUUUCUCUCGAAACGCGUGCAACACUCCUCAUUCCCUCCGCAUAUCUGCCCUUGUCACGUCCCUCUCGUGCCCAACGUGUUUGGGGAGGUGGCAUCACCUCCAGUCACGAUCCUGCCUUAAAGUCUCGAAAGAAUGAGCCGUCUUCCACUCGAAGGAGGAUUUACACCGACGAUUCAGACCCAAUAGCAACAAUCGUUCAUGCGGGUUAUGCCCGUUGGACGGAUUUGGCCCGCGCUCGCCGCGAAGGGCGUGAUUUGAGGAUCGAGUUGAGACUGGUGCGUGUACUGGGAGUUGAGCGAGACGCCAUCAUGCCUGCCUUAGCAGCAGAGGACGCGGAGAAAGACAAGGACAAGGGCAAGUCUGCGAAGGAGCCGAUGAACAAGGAUGCUGUUGCCGAAAAAGACGAAAAAGAUAAACACGUGGAGAAACCUCGUCCGGAAAUGACUGAGGUUGUUGGGAGGUUUGCUGGUGGCUGGGGCGCGCGUUGUGAGCGUAAUUGGGAAGGGAUGCUUGAAGUACCACCUAUCGCACUUGAGGAUGACAAUCCAGACAAGGAAGAGGGUGAGAUCAUCGUCAAGAAGGAGUCGCCAGUGGAAGAUGAUCCUUCUGACGACGGCCGAAGAAUUCUUAGCGCGGGAUGGGGUGCAGGUCAUGACGGAAGUGCUUUCGAGGUUUUAAAAGUCACUGUUGCUGAGAAACAUACGGCACAUGGGCUUUCCAGACCCAAUCGCACCCAGCGCUUGGCCGAAUACACCACCCGUCGUGCAGCUCUUGGGCUUUCCCCGUCACUCGCCGCGGCUAACAUCGGCUGUCCAGACCGAUCAACAUGCCCUCAGACACUUGCUGUGGCUGGCCGCAAACGUCGACGGGCGGGUGGAGUGAGUUCACCGCCUACAACCAGACGCAUGGGCGUCAAUGCCAGUGCGUUGGAUUCCAUUGUCGAAGAGGGAUCGGACGACGAGAUGCUGGUCCCACGAUGCACGUGUUCAACUGACGCGGACCGUAAAGCUCUACUCGGCCGAACGGUAGUUUGUACCUUUGGAGGGUCUCCAAUGAUCAAGUACGAUGCCAAUGUUCUCCGUAACGCCGUGUUUCCGGUCCCAGUACUUGAAGAUCAAUAUUCUGAGGACGAAGAAGAAGAGCCGGCUCCAGUUAAGAAACGUCGAAGGAUGAGUGUUCUUGAUGAGGUUUACGCUGCAGCUGCUGGCAUGGAAAACGGACAUGACCCACCGGACCAGACAAUGGAGCUCGAACCAGACAAAAAGGAGCCAGCCGACCACGAGAUCAAGCCCGAAACACAGGUCGCCGCAUUGACGAAACGCAAACCCAAGUCGAGGACAAAGAUCAAACAGAAACGAAAGAGUAGGGACGUGAUUGUUGAAACAACAGCUGGGGCAAACAUGGUGUUCAUGCCGUUGGAAGGGAAAGACGACUCAUAUGUCUGUUUCGAUGUUUACUCGGAGACGAAGGCAGAGGGCAGGACCAAGUUAUAUUCCUCGUUGAGCAAAAGCUCUGUCGAGUUUGGGGAGCAAGGUAUGCGAAUACGGACUAGAAAGAGUCUAGCAGAGGAGGGAGAGGUCCAGGAAGGUGGUGAGUUGGAGGUCGAAGCGGAAUGGGGGCCUGUUGUUGGCGUUAAAUCAUGGAGAUUCGGGUGA